AUGGCGACGAUAGAGGAAGCAGGAGGCGACGCGAGAGAGGGAGAAUACAGGGACAGAUAUGGUGAGGCCAGAGGUGAUUACAGAGACCGAUAUAGUGAUCCCAGAGGUGGAUAUAGGGACAGCUAUGGGGACGCCAGUGAAGAUGAGAGGGACAGGUAUGGUGACGCCAGAGGAGAGCAGAGGGACAGGUAUGGUGACGCCAGAGGAGAACACAGUGAUGGCGAUAACAGGGAAAGAGAAUUCAGGGGCAGACAUGGCGAAGCCGGGGACGAAGAAUACAUGGGCGAAUAUAUGGACAGAUACGGUGAUGCUAGAGAAGAGGACCCUGAGUACAGAUAUAGUGAUGUCAGGGACUUAGAACUCCGAGAGAAGGAGGACGCGCGACGACCCGAGGGACGCGCAGAGAAGGACGGCGGCAGAAGGGACGGGGCGCAGGAUAAGCGCAAGGACAAGACGCGGCACAAGGGACGCGGGGAGGACGGGAGGAGCAGAGACGAGGGCGAUGAGGACGGGAGCAGCGACGCCCUGGCCGACGACCCCGCCUCCCGACGCGACGCGAGGCAGAAGGGCGCGAGGAACAAGGGGCGCAGCAGGGAACAGAGGACGGGGCAAAACGGAUACAACGGCGACGGGAGCAGCGACGCGCAGGAGGAAGAAGGGAAUAAUAGAAGGAAGGAUAGAAAGGGAGAGAGAAGAAAUGGCGCGAAGGGAGAUGACUCGAGGAGGACUCGGAAAGGAGGAGGAGGAGGAACAGAGAAUAAACAGGGAGACGAUGGACAGAACGAAGAAGACGGGGAAGGCGGAGGAGAUAAAGACAACGGGGAAGGCAGCAACAACAAAGCCAAGAAGAAAGCUAGCGACGACUCGGAACACCCGAGGAAAGACGGAAGGGGCGCCAGGAGAGGCAGCAGAGCGAACGCGAAAAGCGACAGCAAGCAGGACGACAAACUGCCCAAAGGACAGAGAGACGAGAGAGACCAGGAGCAGAAUAAGCAGAGGAACGACAGCCUCCACGACGACAGCGGAGUCGAGCUGAGCAACGGCACGGAGCAGCGGCCGCCGCGCGAGGGGGACGAGGCCUACAUCGCCGUCGAAGUCAACGACAAGAAGGUCGUCGAGCUGAACGACGCCAACCUCGGGGGCCAGGUCGCCGUCGGGUCCGAGGCCGGCCACAGCGACUACGGCACCGACAGCCAGAACGGCGGGAGCAUCAAGGACGGCGAGGAGGACGCGAGAACGAGAGCCGAAGCGAAGGGCGACCUCAGGAAGCGGAGAGCGAGUCUCCGAGCCGCCAGGGAGCAAGAGGACGCGGCUGUGCGACUGCGGGCGGAGGGGCGGAGCCACGAGGCAGGAGGAGGAGGGAGAGCGAAGGCGAGAGGGCGGGGCGUGGCGGCCGAAGACACCCUGACCGACGACGAGCGCUUCCUUAGUCCAAGGGAACGCCAAGCCCAGUUGAGAUCCAAGUUCGAGUCAUCGGCGCAUCGGCUGACUCGAAGCCUGAGCGACUCCAGCAUCCCCCAGAUCGAGACCCUGGAACGCCACCAUGCCAGCGAGGGCCACGUCCGCCGCGCCAACAGCUUUGAUAUCACUGAGUACUAUCCUCACCGGUGGUACUAUGCGAGGAUGGCGAGACGAAAAGCUCGAAUGGAGACCCUCAAAGCCUCGGAAAAAGCCGGGCUAGACGACGGCGCCGACGACGCCAAGCCCAGCAUCGAGAUCCUGUCGCUGAACGGCGGGAGCGCGGAGGCGACGCUGGCGGGGCUGGAGGGCCACAGCGUGAGCGGGCCCCUGGCGUCGCUGCAGGAGGGCGUCAUCGGCGGGAUCGAGGUCGACCCUGGUGAGAUCGACAUGCAAACGGGCAAAAUCCUCGCCUCUAGGCCAGACCACUUGACGCUCACGUACGAGAUCGAUGUCGCUGGUGGUGAGUCGCUCGGGGACGGCGGUGCCCGGCGCGCGGCGAAGGUAGGCGGGGAGGCAGGGCGUGGUAGAGGGGCGUGGGUUUCGGACGCCGAGGACGGCGGGCUCGAGGAGCUGGCCGAUGCCGCGCUCGAGAAGGAGAGCGACCCCGCCGAGGACGCGGACGGGAGAGGGGUCCACAGGAGAAAAGCGAAGGGGUCUAAACUCCACAAGCGAAAGACGCAAGACAAAGAGCAAACAGUAUCAAAUCGUUUGGCGGAGAUCCUGCAGGAGAAAGCGGAGGCGGAGGAGAGGAGGAGAGACCUGUUCCUAAAAGCCAGAGAACUUCACGAGGAGAUACAGAGAGUCCGGGAAAAGCGAAGAGAAAAAUGGUGGCAGCAGUUUUCGCACGAGCGGAAACUAGGGACGCAGCUGGAGGAACGCCAGGGAGCCCUCAGAAGCGAGCUGGACUCCCUCCAUCGGCGAAUCAUCGGGUCCCUCGUCAAAAGACAGCCUCUCGUCACGGGGGUCAGAGAUGAACCCUCCAGAAAGGCCAACUACAAGAUCUCUAUCAUAAGACUUCGACACGAGAUCGAGGACAUCUCCAGACGCGUGGAGGCCAUGAACAUCAAAGUAGAAGCGGAGACAAAGCUGAGAAGCCAAGCAGAGCGAGAGGUCAAAACAUUAAGGUCGGAAGUCAGCAGGAAGAAGGCCAACGUGGCCCUUUCGCAAACCAAGACGAACCUCCUCAAGACUGCCAACAGCCUGCCCCCUGACCUCAUGAUCCGAAUGUAUUAAGCUCUAAAAAAAAGGUCAUUGGAGUCGUCGGCCUGAGACCUCACUCGGGCCUCCUCCAGCUGGACCUCCAAGCCUCCAAACCUCUGCCGCCGUGGAAGCUGUGGUCUAAAUCGUGUAGCAUUUAGAUUUUGCAGCUUAUGCAGGCAGAUAGCGCGCUAGACUUUUUUGUAAUCGCCCCCCAUUCCGCGAUAAGCCGUGGAUCUUAUCGUGGGAGACUUUGUUUCUCCGGACUCUGGGGGACUUUUCUGUGUCUUCGUAAGUUCGCUCAAUGGACUAGGAAGCAGCGAUGCGUUAUACGUGUCGAGGUUCUGUGCCCAAAGUGGCCGAGUAAAUUCAUCAGUGAUAAAUGACUGACCCUGUACAUAUAAAAGGACGUUUUUUAUAUCGUAGCAGAACUCAUUUUCAGCGACUGUCGGGAAGAAAGGAAGGAGGAGUAUCAAGAGAUCAAAAUUAAUGUUUUAAUUUUCAGGUUUCUUCAAUGGUUGUUAUCCAUCCUUCAAAAAAUAGCAAAUAUUUUCCAACCUGUACUUUGCUUUCCACAUUAAUUCAGAAGAUAUUCAGACAUAUCACAAACAUGUAUAAUGUUAGCAAUACAUUUUUAUUGUUAUUAUACAACCACUUAGAACACUUUAAACACGAAUUUUUAUAUGGUUGUGGAGGGAAGGCCUUAAAACUACGACAGGAUAUUCCUCCAAAAGCGCACAAAUUGUAUAAAUAUACAAUGUUCAUUGUGGUUGAAAUUUAGAUAGUUUAUAUAAUAAAUUAUGUUAUAUAUUGUUCUAGAAUCCUGUUUCUAUGUGCGCAAAGUGAAGCACCUUGAUAUAUACAAAGGGUUCACAUGUCUAAAAUAUAUUUCAAAGGACAUAAAAAGUAAAUAUGAAAAACGUGGAAAAUCUGUUCUAUGUUUUUGUUCUUUUAGCUGAUGUAUAUUUGCGUGUGAAUAUUUCGAAAGUCAGUUUGUACAUAUAGUUUAGAAGUUAAAGGUAUCCACUUUUCCGGGUACCAUCCACUGUGUACAAAAUAUACUGAGAGCUGA